AUGGCCUUCGCCCAUGUUCCAGACAGCAAACGACAAAAAUUGGACAAGAAAGCGGAAAGACUACGCUUUGUUGGUUAUUGUCGUACGUCAAAAGGAUACCGUUUGUUAGAUGAAAUCAAGCGAAAGAUGGUCAUCCGAAGGGAUGUCGAGUUCAAUGAAAACGAUUUUGGCGACAAGGAUGAAAUGAUGACGACAAAAUCUCAAGAUCAAACGACAGAAGACGUGAAAGAAGAAACGGUGGAAUUCGAAGAAGAAAAAGUGGGAGAAGAAGUAUCCACAGAACCAAGGACUUCUGGCAGAACACGGAAAGCCCCUGUCAGAUAUGGAUACGACGAGUAUGCAGAGACUGCUAGUCCUGUACAUCCCGCACGUCAUGGCGCUUACAAUGCAUGUGAGAUAGAAGAACCCUCGUCCAUGAGCGAAGCUAAAGAAAACCAACACUCGAAAGAAUGGAUGGCUGCUGCUGACUCAGAAUACAAUUCACUGAUGGAAAACAAGACCUGGAGACUUGUACAGUUGCCACCUGGUCGAACAGCUAUUGGUUACAGAUGGGUAUUCAGAGCGAAGCACGAUUCUGAUGGAAGAGUAAAUCGUUUCAAAGCGCGACUAGUUGCCAAAGGAUAUGCCCAGAAGUACGGAAUUGAUUACGAUGAAACGUUUUCACCUGUAGUACGCUUUUCGUCGAUACGAACAUUGCUCGCAUUUGCAGUCCAGAACAACAUGGUUAUUCAUCAAAUGGACGUUGUUACUGCUUUUCUUAACGGUCGGUUAGAUGAGGAUAUCUACAUGCGACAACCGGAGGGAUAUGUUCAAUCUGGAAAAGAGCACUUGGUAUGCAAGCUUGAAAAGUCGCUUUAUGGUUUGAAACAGUCUCCAAGAUGCUGGAACAGAGCCCUACAAGAAAAACUGGAGAAGCUUGGUUUCACUAAAGUUUCUGCAGAUCCAUGCGUUUACGCAAAGAAGGAAGACACACUGAUUAUCAUUGCAGUUCAUGUAGAUGAUCUGAUCAUAUUGGCGGAGAAUGUCCAAGAAAUGGAAAUGUCCUAA